CUCAAGAAUUUCGGUGAGUGGGUUCACAUUUUGUGCACUAAAUGAAAAUGUUGAUAUUUUUGUAGCAAUAAAUCUAAAGCCUUAAAGGUAAAAAAGUAUCAAUGAAUAGCAUUCUGAGAUUAAUAUUGCGAGUUGUAUUCGAACAGGAGCCGCUGCGAAUCUCCACUGUAAAGGAGAGUAGUGCCGCCUGUUCUAGGAGGGGGAGAGUGCUACGCAGGUGUUCGCUAUCAGUCUGCGAGCUGCCGCAGCAUCCCCUCGUAGUGCCGCUGUCGACCGCGGUAGGAGCGAGAGAGGGUGCAACUUCGUCGAGUUUGCCGCUGGGUCUUGCCACCGUCGUCGCGAGGAUCGCCGCCGCCGUUUGCGUACAGACCGCCGCACGCAGGAGCAACGGCAGAAGGAGCCGCCGCCGCGUGGAGGAGCCGUCGCCAUCAAUAACAGAUCCUAAACCGCCGCCGUCCUCAGUCGCGCUGCUGUGCAAGGAGGUGGGACAUUUUAGGAAUCAAUGCCCGAAUGAUAAGAAAGUGAACAUUGCUGAAGGCUUUGUGAGUGACGAGGAGGUCACUCUGACUUGCUCUGAGGAAAACAAUGUGGAUUCCUGGGUCAUGGAUUUUAGUGCUUCAUUUCAUGCUACCCACAACGGUGAAACAUUGCAGAAUCUAGUUAUUGGAGACUUUAGAAAGGCACGACUUGCAGACGAUAGAGCUCUUGAGGUGACGGGCAUGGGUGACAUGGUGUUGAAGACCCCAGUCGGUUUCUGGACUUUGAAGGAUGUCAGAGUGGUUCCAAGCUUGAAGAAAAGUCUGAUUUCUGUCAGGCAGUUGGACGAACAUGGACACAAGGUGAAGUUCAGAGAUGAGCAGUGGAAGGUCGUAAAGGGAAAUCUUGUCAUGGCUCGCGGAAGGAAGAGUGGUUCGUUGUAUAUGGUCGAGUUACCAUCUGAGGGAGUGACCAUCCCAGUUCAGAAGAGAAACAAAGUCCGGUUCACAGAGUCUCGUGGGCAGAAUAAGGUUGUCUAUGCAAGAGAGAAACCUAGAGCCACAGGUCAGACUCAGGAUGAACGAGUGAGGAAAGGUUCAAGGAGGCCAGUAAGAGGUAUUUAUGGUAGUGGGAGCUCAAGAGGCGCUUCAGCCAAGUUUUCUAGAAGACAGUGGGUCAAGAGAACCAGUAUUCUAGCUAUUGGAACAUCUCCAGAAAAUUUCUUGCUGAGUACGGAGAGUGUUUGUUCUCAGGAUGUUCUAGGAUCUGGCAGUGUGCAUCUGCAGUGGGAGCCGGUAGGGACCGAUGACAAGUCAGGGGAAGAUUUAGCCUUGACUGAUGUUCUCUCCCAACCUAAUUACAAAAAGUGGAGCCGACUCUUCCUUCUUCUUGUUCGGCGAUUCAACCUCAAGGGCUACAUCGAUGGCUCCGUCGUCCCCCUCUCUGAUGACGACGACGAAUGGUUCCAACUCGACGCUCUCCUCCAGGGUUGGAUCCUCUCCACCAUCACCGAUGAGGUCUCAGAUCUGGUCAUCUCCUCUGUCUCUACUGCCUCUGCUCUCUGGAAAGUCAUCCACGACUUGUUCCACGACAACAAACAUGCUCGAGCUAUGCAAUUGGAACAUGAAUUUCGCACGACAGUCAAGGGCAACUCCACUAUGGCAGCCUAUUGCCAACAACUGCAGAAUCUUGCCGACUGGCUGGAUGAUGUUGAUGCACCAGUCUCCCAACACCAACUCGUCCUUCAAAUGCUUCGUGGUCUCCCUGCCGAUCUCCAGGGACAAACAUCAUUCAUGCAAUUUCAGGAUCCCAUGCCCACGUUUCUGCAGGGCUUCUUCAGAGUCUCAUUCAGAAACUCAAGGCUGAGUUUUGCCAUGACAGACAUGGGUGAUCUGCAUUUCUUCCUCGGCAUUAAUGUUCAUCGCACUGCUCAGGGCCUUUUCCUCCAUCAGACACAGUUCACUCAUGAGAUCCUUGAGAGGGAAGGGAUGGUCUAUUGCCGCCCCAUAUCCACUCCAGUCGACACCAAGGCAAAGCUUUCUUCCUCUUCCGGCACGGCACUUUCAGAUCCUUCUCUUUACAGGUCCAUAGUUGAGGCAGAAUACCGGGCUGUGUCAAAUGCAGUUGCUGAGACUUCUUGGGUCCGAAAUCUUCUUCUUGAGCUCCAGCAACCACUACGACGCGCCACCCUCGUCUUCUACGACAACGUCAGCGCCGUCUAUCUCUCAUCGAACCCAGUUCAGCACCAGCGCACUAAGCACGUUGAAGUCGACAUACACUUUGUGCGAGACAAAGUAGCACUCGGCCAUAUCCGAGUCCUUCACGUGCCCUCCUCUUCACACGUGGUCAGCCCGUUCACGAUCCCUGUCCCUUCUGCUGGACCGACGGUCACGUUCCCACCAAGCAUGACCCAGUUCAUGAAUGACCCAGCCAAUCUGCAAGCCAUCCAAGGCUUUGGCCAGGCUGGAACAAUGCCCCUGCAAACUCCGAUGGCGGCAUCUCCCUUCCAGACGCCAGUACCACAGCCAUCGCCUUUCCAGCCGCAGUUGUUUAGCAUUGUGGCCCCCAUCAAUUUGACCGGUGCACUUAACGCCGCCAGUGAUGAUGAAGAGUGGGACAUCCCCAGGACCCACAAAAAGAAGAAAGGAAAAACCAUCCGAAGAGCAACUUCCCGAAACUUCGCCUUCGAAAGGCUGGGGGAUAGGGAAGAAGGCAAGGGGAGGGAGGCCGAGCCUGCCCGUACCCAGCGCUCCCGGUCAAACCGGCAGGAGCCAGCGAAAACGAAGGCCUCCCGCCAGGAAGAAGAAGCAGAAAGUCAGCCCCGUGGGCCGGUGGCUAACCGGCUAACCACCCCGAAUGAUCGCAUCCAGCAGAUGGAGGCGAAAUUGGAGAGACUGGAGAAGAAAGUCUGGGAGAAGAAUGACCGGGACGAACCCCUCGCCGGGUCCCCGUUCACUACAAGGGUCCAUCUGACGCCUUUCUCGCGAAAGGUCAAGAUAGACGCCCCAAGGUUCACCGAGAAGGAAGACCUAGAAAUUCACCUAGAUACCUUCAAUCAUAGUGCAAGCAUGAACAGUUGCACAAACGAAGAAAAGGGCCUUCUUUUCUUCCAAACCUUGCGGAAUCGAGCGACCGAAUGGUUCAACAAGCUUCGCCCAGGAAGCAUUGAUUCAUUCAGCGGCUUGGCCUCAAAAUUUAAGGCCAAAUUCCAGGAGAAUUGUACUAAGUGGAAGAAAUUCACAUAUCUUAGUACAGCCGGGCAGAGGGAAUUUGAGAAUCUCACUCAAUUCCUCACUCGGUGGAAAGAAGAGGUGGACAAGGUUGAGGAGAUGGAUGACAAGACGGUCUUGUCUCUCCUUUUAAACGGCUUACGGGCCGGGGAACUAUACAAAGAGUUCUGCCAAAAACCCCCGGCCACAGAUGAUGGGGCGCAAAAGCCCAUUUAUUAUGUGAGCAAAGCACUAAACGGAGCAGAAAGUAGAUAUACGGCGAUGGAGAAAACAGCCUACACGCUUUUCAUCUCCGAAAAAAAGUUAACAUCCUACUUCCAAGCUCACCCAGUUGAAGUCUUGACUGACCAACCGUUGGGAGUAGUAUUGCGAAAUUCAACAUCCUCCGGGAGGAUGGUGAAGUGGGCAAUGAUGUUAACUCAAUUCAACAUUGAGUACCGGCCAAGAUCAGCAAUCAAGAGACAAGCCCUUACAGAUUUUCUGGUGGAAAUGACCGUUAUAACUCCAGACCUACCGGUCAACAAGCCCACUGAACAAUGGUGGGAGAUGGCACUAGAUGGAGCAUCUGGUCCUAAAGGGGCUCUAGCUAGAGGGCUCAGGCUUGCUCAGGCUCUCAAAAUCAGCCGGGUCAGUAUCAAAUCUGACUUUAGCCUGAUUGUUGGGCAGGUGACCGGUAAUAUGGAAGCAAGGGAAGAACGAAUGGCGCAAUAUAAGGACCUAGUGCUUGCCUUGUUGAAGGGCUUCGAGGAAUUCAAAAUCGCCCAGAUUCCCCGGGCGGAAAACGCGGACGCGGACCUCCUCUCCAAACUGACGCAGUAUGCCCCCGAGCAUGUUUCAAAACUUGCUCGGGUAGAAAUCCUUGAUCGUGCCAGCAUCAAGAAACUGGAAGUCACCACUAUAGCAGCGGCAGGCCAAUCUGACCGGUCAAACACGAUCGGGGCAGACGACGGUGGAUGAGUGACCUUAUGAAAUAUUUGACAGAUGGAAGCUUGACAGAACAAGAUGACCGGGCAAGAAAAGUAAAACUUAGGGCACCCC